AAACAGAGCAGCAGAGAGGCUGGAGCAGCUUCAGACGGUCUGGAGUCUCAGGAAACAAACAGAGGUUUAUCUCAUCAUUGCCUGCUGGCCCUGUGAGAGUCAGAGAGGAUGUUAAUGAUGAUGAUGAUGAUGAAGAAGAAGGGGUCCAAGACUCUGGCUGUGGUGGCUCUACUUCUGGCCUCAGCCAGCUGCAUCGUUCCUCCAUCAAAAGACGAUCUCAAUGAGAUCUCAAUCCAGGGAGGAAAGUAUGUGGAUGAACAGAUUGAAAAUGCCGUUAACGGAGUGAAGGAGAUGAAGAGCGUGAUGCAGAAAUCCUCAGAUGACCACAAAAAGUUUUUGGACGCCCUGGAGAAAACCAAGGAGCAGAAAGAGGAAGCGAUGCGUGUGGCUCAGGAGAUGGAGGCCAAGCUGGAGCAGGAGGAGGAGGUUUGCAAUGAGACGAUGAAGGCUCUGUGGGAGGAGUGCAAGCCCUGUCUGAAGAACACCUGCGUUAGAUACUACUCCCGAACAUGCAGCAGUGGAUCUGGACUGGUGGGACGCCAGCUGGAAGACGUGCUUAACAGAACGUCUCCCUUCUCCAUCUGGAUCAACGGGGAGAAGAUUGACGACCUGAUGCAGGAGGGACGGCGUCAGGGCAAAGAGUUCAAGAACCUGGAGGAAAGAUACACAGAGAUGGCCGACGGGGUGGACAGCAUAUUUUCAGACAGCAUGAAGGUGGCCGAUCAUGCGCACGACAACCCUCCGGUGUUCCACUUUCCCAAUUUCCUGGGGCCGUACACCCGCCGGAGCAGAAGCAUCCGCUCUCUCUUCCACGAUCCGUUCCACAACUUCCAGAGUUUGUUCUCCCCCAUGAUGGGCAUGGGCAGGAACUUCUUCAGCUCCAUGGGCUCCAUGAUGGACAUCGACUCAGACGUAGCUCCUAAUGAGGAUGGCAGCAUGAAUGAGGACGUGGUCAUCACCAAACCUUUUGGUAACGGCAGGAUGACCUGCAGAGAGAUCCGCCGCAACUCCGCCGGCUGCCUCAAGUUCCGUGACGAGUGUCAGAAAUGCAAAGACAUCCAACAUAUUGAUUGCUCCGGUAAGAAACCUCUGGAGGGCCCUCUGAAGGAGGAGCUGGAGGAGGCACUGGCUUUGGCAGAGCGCUUCACUCAGCAGUACAACAGCCUCCUGAGGAGGUUUGAGGAGCAGAUGUUCAACACCUCCUCCAUCCUGGACAUGCUCAACAGACAGUUCGGCUGGGUGUCAUCCCUGGCGAACAACACCAGGGACGACAUCUUCCGAGUUCAGAUGGUGAACUGCAAGGACGCAGAGAAGGAGCCAGACGAAGAGAAGACGCAGCCUGGAGAGACAAACGUGUCCGUGCAGCUCUUCGAUGCUCCACCCAUGAACUUCACCGUGCCGGGCGACAUCCCCUGGACCGACCCCAAGUUCUCUGAGGUGGUGGCCCAGGAGGCUCUGGACCGCUACAAGGAAACCAGUGUUGUGGUUAAAUAAAGUCCCACCCUGCGCUGUCUGCUGACCAGUGAAUGUUCUGGACUCACUGAAACACACCAGAAACCCCGCCGAUAAACACACCUGGAAGAAAAAAAACAAACCCUUAAGCUGACACACUGAUUCUGUUGUAAAUCCUCUUUAAGUCCUGCUUUUGCAAACGACUCAGUUUAACCUCAGAGAUUUAUAUUGUUAAAUUAGAGCUCUUUGUCCUGCUGUGAGAGAAGAUAUUCAGUAGAUGUAGAUAACAGGCCUCCUUGUGUCUAUUAUAUCCUCAACAUGGAAGGCCUGUUACAUCAUUUGUGAGCUGGGCUUUGCAAAAAGGGGCCGUUGUUCUUAAAUGAUUUAUGCUUCAGUUUCUGUAGAAAGCCAAAAUGUAUGUAAAUGAGUGUUUAUUCUCUGCAUUUCUAACAUGAUUUAAACUGAUAUUUCCUCCACCACAGUUGAGAAAAUCAUUUGCAGAAAAUUCAAGUUUAGAGCAAGUUAACUGAGGCUGUUUCAGUGACGUUACAGAUCUGAUCUACCCUUCUUACAGAUCUCUGAUCGCUGUUAUCUGAGAUGGUUGAAGAGGUUGGGGGUUAAACUCACUGAUCGGAGAGAUUCAAUGUGAGAAAUAGGAGUUGAUGAUGUUGCUUUGAGCCCCUCUGUACAACAGCCUCGCAGUGAAGCAAUACUUAGAGAUCUAAUAAAACCUGCUCAAACCCA